AAUAGGGCUAUGAUACUUUUGGUCAUUCUUAUGCAGUACCCCCUGCGUAUAUAAUUGUGAAGUAAGCUGAGUAUUAUAAUGUACAGAUAGGUGAAAUUGGGAAUUAGAUAUGAUGAUAAAAGGUGAGUGGGAGUAUUUUUUAUUCAAAAAAAUGUGAGUAUAUGCGAGGACCAUGGGAAGAUAGAGAAAUAAAUUUAAUGAAGUAGCAAGUGGGGUUAAUGGUAAAAGAAAAAAAUAAUUAAUCAUAGAGGGAUAUUUCCAUUUAAGUAAUGCACUUAUUCAGAUACAGAGGGAGUAUGUGAGAGUGUGUUAUAUAUGUGGUUUGGUAUCCAAUGUUAGAGUAUGGAAGCUCAUGAAUGUUAUGGGUGAAACACUCCUUGUGUCGAUGUCAAGGUAGUUGUAAAAGUAAUGACAGGUAAAACCGUAAAAGACCCUUAAGAACAUGGGAAUUUGACAAAGAAAUAGAUUUAAAACUCUACAAAGGAUGGAACUCCCAGUAAGCUCCUAUACUGCCCAAACCCUUUUUGAAUGAAAUCAUGAAUAUUCCUAGAAAAGCUAUCAUCAUCGCUCAGCCAAAAGAAAGAUGAAUGAGGAUGAUUUGCAGUUGACAAUCUUUAAAGAGAAUGGAAACCUUUCGAAUCCUCUCAAAUAACAAAGUGCUCUACUUAUCUAUGCUACAUUUGACCAGGAAACAAAGUGAGCCCUUCAAUUGAACUUCUGAGAGGUUGUGAGGAACCAUUUGGCACAAGUCAUUUGGUUUGGUUGUAUAAACUUCAUUGCGCCUUUUGCAGAUAGAGUUUAUGAAGGUUGAAGGCAAAGGGAGCACACAAUUUUGUGGCAAAAUGCUUAUGUGGGUGCUUUGGCUUGAGAGGAUGAUAUGCUGGGUUGUGGUUGGGACUUUGAGAGUAUUCUUUGGUUAAUUUAUGGAAGCAUGUGUUGGUUCAACUAUUGGAGCUGGCGUUUAUAUACUUAUUGGCACAGUUGCAAGAGAGCACUCUGGACCAUCACUUGCUAUUUCUUUCCUUAUAGCUGGUAUAGCAGCUGGCAUUUCAGCCUUUUGUUAUGCAGAGCUUGCUAGUCGAUGUCCUUCUGCUGGAAGUGCUUACCAUUACUCCUAUAUAUGUGUUGGGGAAAGUGUUGCUUGGUUAGUUGGUUGGGCUUUGAUUCUGGAAUAUACUGUCGGUGGCUCUGCAGUUGCUCGUGGUAUCUCGCCAAAUCUGGCGUUGCUCUUUGGUGGUGAGAACAGCCUGCCUUCCUUUCUGGCCCGCCAAUACAUUCCUGUUCUGGACAUCACAGUUGACCCUUGUGCUGCUGUACUUGUAUUAGUCGUCACUGGGCUUCUAUGUGUUGGGAUCAAGGAGAGUGCUUUUGCACAAGGCAUUGUCACGUCAGGAAAUGUAUGUGCUAUGAUGUUUGUUAUAAUUGCUGGUGGGUAUCUUGGAUACCAGAAUGGAUGGCCUGGAUAUGAUCUAUCUACAGGAUUCUUUCCAUUCGGGGUGGAUGGAAUGCUUGCUGGCUCUGCAACUGUCUUCUUUGCAUACAUUGGCUUUGAUUCAGUGGCAAGCACUGCUGAGGAGGUGAAACAUCCCCAAAGGGAUUUGCCAAUAGGAAUAGCUGCUGCACUUUCUAUAUGCUGUGCAUUAUACAUGUUGGUUUCUAUUGUUGUCAUUGGUCUGGUACCCUAUUAUGCUAUGGAUCCCGAUACUCCUAUAUCUUCUGCAUUUUCAAGUCAUGGGUUGCACUGGGCAGCAUAUAUCAUUACUGUCGGAGCAGUUACAGCUCUCUGUUCAACAUUGAUGGGUUCACUUCUGCCCCAGCCACGAAUUCUCAUGGCAAUGUCUAGAGAUGGUUUGCUGCCAUCCUUUUUCUCAGAUGUCAGCAAAAAAACUCAGGUUCCUGUGAAGAGCACUAUAACUACCGGAAUCAUUUCUGCACUGCUUUCUUUUUCUAUGGAUGUUUCACAAUUGGCAGGGAUGGUCAGUGUCGGUACACUACUGGCAUUCACUAUGGUGGCUAUCUCACUUCUAAUAAUAAGAUAUGUGCCACCAGAUGUGGUGCCACUUCCGUCAUCACUUCAGGAUUCUAUAGAUGCUGUUACAUUGCGAUACAAUGACUUUACAAAGGAUUUUGGCACUUCUGAGGAUAUUGCCAAACCACUACUUGGUGGAGCCACCGUGGAAGCCAGUUUUCCUUUGCUUUUGAAGCAAGUAGCUGAUGGCAGUUAUGCUCUAAGUGAUGACAAUAGAAGAAAAGUUGCGGGUUGGACUAUCAUGCUUACUUGUGUUGGAGUGCUGCUCCUCACUUCUUCUGCUUCUUAUGUAGGCCUUCCCAGCGUGUUUCGAUACACAUUGUGCGGGGUGGGUGGUGGUCUUCUUCUAUCUGGUCUGACAGUGCUCACUUGCAUUGACCAAGAUGAUGCCAGACACAGCUUUGGCCACACUGGAGGUUUUAUCUGCCCACUGGUUCCUCUACUGCCAAUUGCCUGCAUUUUGAUCAAUGUCUACUUGCUGAUAAACUUGGGAGCUGAUACUUGGAUGCGAGUCUCAGUGUGGCUUGUAAUUGGGGUGCUUGUUUACUUAGUGUAUGGAAGGAGACACAGCUCCCUAAGGAAUGUAGUGUACGUACCAACAGCUCAUGUCGAUGAGAUAUGCAGUAGCUCACAGGAUAUUUUGGUGUAGCCUUCUACAGCCAGCAGGCGGCUUCUUGUGCUUUAAAUGUUUUAGGUGUACACUAGUUUGCAUUGUUCCAUUCAUUUGCAAUAGUUGUUACAGGGGGCAGUUUAUUGUAUCCGCUGCUGGCUGUAUAUUGUGUAUACAUGUAUCAAAUUGUUACAAAGGUUUACCGCUUACAAAAAUGUAAAUAUGUAAUCUUUAAUGCGAAUUCUCAUCCUACAUUCAAUUUCUAAGUUAUUGUUUCUCUAUUGAUGCCUAA